AUGACUUCUUCAAACCUACCUUAUGCCGCAGACGCUGAAAGUCCGCUGAAGCCAGCAGAACUUCAGGUCUUACGCUCUCAAUAUGAAAAAGAAGGCGACUACGUCGGUGUCCAAACCAAGUUCAACUAUGCCUGGGGCCUGAUCAAAUCCAACGCUCGACCCGAACAGCAAGAGGGCGUCCGUCUCCUCUCCGAAAUCUUCCGUGCCGCUCCUGAACGCCGUCGCGAAUGUCUAUACUACCUAGCCCUGGGAAACUACAAAUUAGGCAACUACGGAGAAGCUCGACGCUACAACGAUCUCCUUAUCGACAAGGAACCCGGCAACCUGCAAGCAGCUAGCCUCCGGACACUUAUUGAUGAUAAGGUGAAUCGCGAGGGACUUGUGGGGAUCGCCAUCGUUGGCGGGCUGGCUCUCGCCGCGGGGGUGGUCGGGGGUAUGCUGUUCCGGGGACAGCGACGAUAA